AAGAGAAAAGUCGAGAAACGAAGAAGAAUAGAAAGAGCUAAUUUUUUUUUAGAACUAAUUCACAGAUAAAUCUGCUUCAAUUCUUCAAUGGAUUCCCAGAUCUGAAGGUAAUUUCCCUCUGAAUUCCUGGUGUGAGAAAUUUGAAGAUUCCGAUUUGUGUAGACGAAGCUGCAGAUCCGAAGGUCGAAGAGGAGGACGAAUCCAUGGACGAUUUCACAGGUUUGUUAGCGAGAGACUUCGGAUUGAAGCCGCAGGGAAAAUCGGCCCCCAUGGCGCCUCACCGGAGUUCGCCGGCCGCCGAUUUCAGCAGUUUCACCUCUUCCCCUAGCUUCGGGAUCGGAUCGUCCUCUCCCGCCGGUAAAAAGUCCGAUUCGUUGCCGGUUUUCGACGAUCAUGGUGAUGAUCUCUUCAACGAUGUCUUCAGUGGGCCACCGAGGUACGGCUCUUCGGAGUCUCGGUCACAGCCGGCGCCAUCGGCUCCAGCCUUUGACUACGAUGCCAUGUUCAAGGAUCAGAAAACUUCGAAAUCGGCGCCUAUACCGGUCUACGACAAGCCGGUGUACGAUGAGGAUAUAUUCGAGGGUAUUCCUGGGCUCAAAAGUACAUCGACUUCUCAAUCUGCUAGGUUUGACGACGUUUUCUCUUCGAUCUCGUCAUCCCCGAAGCACAAGAAGCAGAAUAGUUCGCCUUUCGAUGAUCUGCUGGGGAACUUGGGUAGGAAAGAUACUGAACCAAAGAAGACGGAGAGCGUACGAGAAGGGAAGGGUAGCUCGAUUUUCGAUGAUUUGAUACCUGGGUUUCCAAGCCGGAGCUCCCCUCCCAUUGAUCGAUCAACUUCAGAGACAAGUGAAUCUCAGAAACCCUCUUCUGGGACAUCCAAGACAUCCUCGCCUCUUGUGGAAGAUCCAUUUGCAGUCUUACAGUCAGCUUCAACCCCUCCAGUUUCUUCGACAAGGGAAUUUGGUGAUCCAUUGGAGGAAUUUAGUAAAGUCGGUAGCUCUAACAGCAGAAAGACCGAUCAUUCAUCUGUCCAUGGAGGAGUAUUUGUUGAUGUUGAUCCUCUCGAUUCUCUUGGGAAAUCAGUUCCAGAUACGAAUAACAGAGACAAGGAUCAUAUAAGAACAGGAAGCAUGAGCGGGGCACAGUCACCUGUGGAAAGUUCUGAGAGCUACUCUCCCAAGAAAGUGCCUGUUGAUGAUUUCUUGGGACCUCAGCAUACCCCAUUCACGACUGUUCCUCGAUCCUCUUCUCCUGCGAAUGAAAAUCCUAAUAUAUACCAGCCAACUUCACCGGACUAUAAAUCACCAAAGUCAGAUGGAAAUUUUGAAUCAUUUGAUGAUGUGUGGCUUACCGUAUCAGAGAUCCCCCUUUUUACGCAACCUACCAGUGCUCCACCACCUGCAAGACCUCCCCCACCAAGACCCGCACGUCCUAUAAAAAAGAAAGUUAAUGAGCCUUCUUUAUCAAGUUCCACUCACUACUCACAUGGCCCUGGCUCAGCCAGAGCUUCUGCUAAGAGCUCGACAACAUCUCAAAUCAAUGGACUUGAGGAUUUUGCUUCUGGCUGGAAUCAGAGUGGUGUUAAUGGAUAUUCUGAACCUCUCUCUAGUGAAGAUUCAGAUCUAUACUCUACAGCUGCUGCAUCUGCUGCUGCCAUGAAGGAGGCAAUGGAUAAAGCAGAGGCUAAGUUUAGGCAUGCUAGGGCAAUGAGAGAGAAAGAAAAUUUGAAGGCAGGUAGAAGUAGAGAAGGAGAUCAAAUGGACAAUUAUGAUUUUCAGGAAAGGGAACUUAGAGAGAAACAGGAGAGAUUAGAUCGUGAGAGGGUACAAAAAGAGAAAGAGAUGGAAAGAGCUCGUGAGCUGGAGAGGGAGAGGGAGAGGGAGAGGGAGGAGAGAGAAAGAGAGCAGAGAAGACUAGAGAGAGAGAGGAUAGAAAGGGAGAGGGAGAAGGAGGAGAGAGAAAGAGAGCAGAGAAGACUUGAGAGAGAGAGGAUAGACAGGGAGAGGGAGAUAGCUAGACAGGCUGUAGAGCGGGCUACGAGAGAAGCACGUGAACGAGCAGCUGCUGAAGCUCGUGCUAAAGCUCAAAGGGCUGCUGUUCAGAAGGUAGCUACAGAAGCUCGAGAGCGUGCCGAGAGAGCUGCUGUUCAAAGAGCUCAGGCUGAAGCACGGGAAAGGGCAGCUGCCGAGGCAAGAGAGAAGGCUGAAAAAGCAGCAGCUGAAGCUAGAGAGCGGGCAAAUGCUGAAGCACGGGAGAAGGAAGCAAGGGUUAGGGCAGAACGAGCUGCUGUAGAAAGGGCAGCUACAGAGGCACGCGCAAGGGCAGCUGCAGAGGCCCGUGAAAGGGCAGCUGCUCAAGCCAAAGCUAAGCAACAACAGAAUGACAAUGAUCUUGAAUCCUUCUUUAGCAUGGGCUCUAGGCCAAGUAGUGCUCCAAAGCAGAGAGCCAACACUUCGGAUCCUUUCUUUGAUUCAUGGAACAUGGGAGGAUCUUUUGAAGCAAGUAGGACGUCUUCUGGAGCACCUUCAGGAGCGUCAGCGAACAUGCGAAAGGCCUCUUCAGCAACAAAUAUUGUUGAUGAUCUCAGUUCAAUUUUUGGAGCUGCUGCUUCCCAAUCUGGUGAGUUCCAAGAGGUUGAAGGAGAAAGUGAAGAGAGACGACGGGCCAGGCUGGAACGCCACCAGAGGACACAGGAGCGAGCUGCGAAAGCACUUGCUGAGAAAAAUGAACGUGAUCUUCAAGCACAAAAUGAACAAGCUGAGAGACACAGGAUUGGAGAGACCCUCGAUUUCGAGAUCAAGCGUUGGGCUGCAGGGAAGGAAGGCAACUUGCGUGCCCUCCUUUCAACGUUGCAAUACGUUCUUUGGCCGGAAUGCGGUUGGCAACCCGUUUCUUUGACCGAUUUAAUUACCGCUGCAUCGGUCAAGAAAGUUUACAGGAAGGCUACCCUUUGUAUCCAUCCCGACAAAGUUCAACAAAAAGGUGCUAAUCUCCAGCAGAAAUACGUUGCAGAGAAGGUUUUCGACUUGCUCAAGGAGGCGUGGAACAAGUUCAACUCAGAAGAGCUCUUCUGAAAACUCGUGAGAUUCACUUACAUAGUGUUGUUCGUGUCUUGGCCGAAAGAUGAGAAAAAAAAGGGCGUGCAGAGCUUGUUGGUUUUUGGUCAGAGAUACCCAAAUUGGCGGUGCCAAACAAUAAACAAAGCAUCUCUAUAUCCGCCAUAGAUAUCGUCGAAGCUGGUCCCGGAGAUUCGUGGAUGUAGAGUAUGUAUUCACAUCAGUUGAGCAUUUUUGUAUCUUCCAUCCAUUUUGAUUUUUGAUCCUUUGCCCUUUUUAGGGCAUGAAUGAAAUGUUGUUUCUUGAUGUUGAUUUCAUGUACCCCAAAAGACAGAGACUUGAGCUGUUGUGUAUUGUCGUUUGCCCAAACCAUUAUAUAUAUAGAUAUAUGCAUAUAUGAUUUUUUUUUU